UUCGCUAUUCAUCUGCAUCGAGGAUAGUCCGAUUAUAAAUGUUCAAUCCGUUUUGAACAUUUUUUGUGAUUAGUUUGCGAGAGACUUUUAGUCUUGACGCAUUCUCACUUCGGCUACUGCACUGAGGGAGGGACGUCACAAAUGUCUCCUUAAGGAACGCUGUUGAGUUGGCAGCACUAGCUCGGAUUUUGUUCUUUAUUGUUGUCAUGCAGAACGGAUGGCGAGAAGUGGAGCCGAUUACGAAAGGCUUUAGCGUCCAAGAUGCUACGACCUAAGGACAUACGCGAGAAUCUGGACAACUUUAAUAGCGUUGCAAGAGAUGCUAUAGAGCGCAUGGUGGCAAUCCGAGGAGAGGAUGACGUCAUUCCAAAUCUUGAAGGAGAACUAGCGAAGUAUGCUACCGAAUCUGUGGGAACAAUGGCGUUUGAUCUAAGGGUUGGAUUGUAUGAGGAUCCACCCAACCAGGAUAUAAUCAAGGUCAUUCAAGCUACUUUUGACGGUUUCAAAUACCUUGGAUAUUUGAAUAGAGGAUGGGAAAGCCAACUUUACAGAUUCGUGACAACGCCGUCCUACAGAAAAUUCUGUAAAACGCAAGACACCUUGUUUAGCAUUGGUCAAAAGAUUGUGGACAAGAAGGUUGCUGAUUUGAAAAAAUUCACAGAAGAGGGUGACGAAUUUGUUGAGAAUCAAGCUGUACCUCUGUUGACGUACCUCAUCCUAAAAGGAGAACUCACACCACAGGAGAUUAACGUCAAUUCCAUUUUUAUGUUUAGAGCAGGAGUGGAAACGACAUCCACAAGUUUGCUAUUUCUUCUUUACGAUUUGGCGCGUUAUCCUGCGGUGCAAGAGAAAGUGUAUGAAGAAGUUACCUCCCUGAUUGGGCCCCAUGGAGACUUCACCCCGGACACCUUUGCAAAAUUGGAUUAUCUAAAGGCUUGUGUCAAGGAAAGUAUGAGGUUGCAUCCAGCAAUCCGUUGGGAACGCCGCCUGACCCAAGAUGUCGUGCUGUCCGGUUACAAGGUUCCGUCAGGGACGAUUGUAAUGUAUUCCAAUUACCUGUCAGGACGCUCAGAGAAGUUAUUUAAAUUCCCUUUGGAGUUUAGACCUGAACGUUGGCUUAAUGAUGACUUGGGAAAGAUCCAUCCAUUUGCCAGUAUUCCAUUCGGAGUCGGAACACGCAUGUGCAUCGGUCGCCGUAUAGCUGAAGCAGAGAUUUACCUGUUAACGGCAAAGUUGGUCCAGCGGUUUGUUCUGGAAUACCACGAGCAACCAGUCAAGGAGACGGUCAAAUUUCAUCUGAUGCCCGACAGACCAAUAAAGAUAAAAUUUAUCGAUCGCGAGUAAUUUCCAACCAGUGAAGUCGUUAGGCUAAACAGCAGCAGACAAGAUUCAAGGGCCUGUGUCACGUGUUAAUGGGAAUGUAUGACUUAAACUGACAGUAGAAAAUACAACUCGACUAAUCACAGGACAGU